AGAGAGAGAGAGAGCGCCGAGGACGAGAGGGAGGAGGGAGAGGGACGAGGAGAGCAAGAAGAACAGAACAGAAAGAAACACAGAGCACACGGAGAGCAAAAGAGCGAGAGAUGAAAUUCCUCGGAGCCGUCUGCAUCCUUCUCUUCCUGCCUGAUUUCAGCCUCAACAGCAGCUAUGAAGUGCUGGAGAAGAAGCUGAAAGAGGCCUUCACAGAGAGAACGGGGAUUUUACGACAGCUCUCCAAAACGUCGAAGGAGCUGGACAGCAUAAAGGGCAACCUGCAGUCAAUGAAGAAUGAUGACUCAGUGCCCAAAAAGGACGUACAGAGGAUUCUGGAGCUGAGUCACAAACAAAGAGAAGAGAUGAGAUCACUCCAGGCAGCCCUUCAGAAGCAACUGGACGAGGCUGCGGAGCGAGCCGAGAAACAUCAAGCCACGAUCAAGUUCCUGAAGAUGGAGAUGGAGAAAAAGACCAAAAUCAUCAAAGACCUACAGCAGGAGAACAAAAGCUUGAAGAAUAAACUCCUUUCUGGGAAUAAGCUGUGCGAUAUACAUGCAGAAGAGUCUAAAAGAAUCCAGGCCCAACUGAAGGAGCUGAGAUACGGCAAGAAGGAUUUAAUUUUCAAAGGUCAGCAGCUCAUGGACCUGGAGAACAAACUACGAGUGGCCAAAGAGGAACUGGAGAAAGCAGCGCUGGACAAGGAGUCCCAGCUGAGAGCUUUGAAGGACACGGUCCAUAUCUGCUUCUCGUCUGUCCUACAAACCCAGACGGUGGAUUUACACAGACUGCCGGCCACGCCCACUCACUUGAUGCGGUACUCUCCGUUCUUCAAUAACUCGAGAGUCACCUUCAGGGAGCCGCACAUGAAGGACAUCCCAAAAGUUCCCAGGAUCACAACAAGUAAAUCGUCUGUGAACACGGAGCUAAUGAGGAGAGACGGUACAGGAGUCAAGGCCUGCCAGAUGGUCAAGGUGGGUGCUGAAUGUUUCCAGAAUCAAACUGAGAGAACAUCUGUGGAGAAAUCAGACCCACCUGCUCACCACCAGCCGAGGACUCUGGAACACCCCGACGAACAGAUGUCCGCAAACAGCAGGGAGACGGAGGGAGGAAAAAAGACACAGCUGGACCAACGCGACUGAGACACGACUCUAAACGACACAGCUGGACCAACGCGACUAAAAGACUAAAAGGCAGAUUUUUUCCGUGUGGUAUCGGUUUUAAUCAGUUUAACUCCCCUGAUCUGUCACUCACAGUGAAUAGAAAGCACACACACACACACACACACACACACACACUGAUACACACAGUGUAAGUAUCACUGCUAUUGUAGAGAAGGAUCCCCAAAUGUCCGAGUUUGACCCGAGAUCCAGCAGCUUAGUACAACGGCAUGCACUAUAGACUUUUAGGUUUCACGUUAAUAACGGUACUGGUCUUUUCUUUCUUUCUCUCUCUUUUUUUUUUUUUUUUUUUUUUU